GCUACUAUAUAAUAUAUCUAUAUUAUAGAUAUAUUUUAUUAAUUCAUAUUACUGUAAUAUCUGUGUUAUGGGUAACAGUAACAGUUAUGUAUUCGGUUGAUUAUUGUUUAAAAUGUACGUUCUGUAGAUGAUUGCAACUUAAAUGUUUCCUAAAUAAUCAGAAAAUAGUCUAUAGGUAAAUUUAUAGGUCAAAAAUUUAUUACUACUCUUACAUUUCAAGAAACUGUUGUAUUUUUAUAUCUGCUCUUAGGAAGUCCUAUCAAGUAAUAAACGGAAAUGAAUACACUUUCAGAGCUAGCUGGAGAUCAACAAUCUGGUGACAAAUCCAGAACAUUUAUCUUCAAUGACGAAAACCAUACCUUGGGGAACUGCUUAGUGUCAAUCAUUACACAAUAUGAGGAUGUUCUGUUCUGCGGAUAUACUGUGCCACACCCUGCCGAACAGAAGAUGCAUCUGAGGAUACAGACUAACGGGCCUCCAGCCAUUCAAAUCCUGCAACGUGGACUGCAGGAUCUGGAGAAGAAGUGCGACCAGGUGGCUGCCAAUUUUAAGACCGCAAGGAGCGAAUAUAUGAGUAAAGAAAUGGAGGAUGUGGACUGAAUUGAACAUUUGAUGUAAAUAUUUUUUAUAAAAUUCUUUUUUAAUAACAUAA